AUGUCUGUUGUACGCUCAACAUAUCGACAAGUUCUUAAGCAUGCACAUAGGGCUUCUUUAAAAUAUAAAGAACCAGAAGAUCUCUGUUUCGCUAUGUAUGGACUUAUCUUGCGUAUGGAUGAUUUUAGAGCCGCUGGAUAUGGUCAAACACGUCAAGAAGUAAUUCGUUCACUCUUUACACGUUCAAGUAUUGCUGGUCUUGCAAGUGAUACUUCUUCUGCCCGCUUACUCGCUGGAUUUGAUGCCCUUCGUCGUCUUAGUGCUUUGGUCUCAGCUAAAGGAAAUGUUGAGCAUCAUCUUUUAAAAGAGCGUAAUAGAGAUACCGUAUUUCAACAGGGCUCUUCACCUGUUCAAAUAAAAGGUGGAUCUACUAAGGAUACUAGUAAAAAUGACGAGGGUGAAAAUGACAAAAAGAAUAAUAAAGAUGAAGAAGAAGAAGAUGAAGAUGAUGAUGACAUUGAUGAAGAUGUAACUGUUGCGAAGGGAACUGUUUUUAUUGAAAGUUCUUUGAGUCGUAAAGUGAAGAAGUUAUCCCGUCAUGUUGUUGUUUGUAAAGAUACACAAAAACUUCCUCCAUAUCGUUAUUUGAUGCCCCCAGAACCACUUUAUGCAAAGAAUACACGUGUUAGUUUUAGGUUUCCUCUUAUGGAAGAUGCAAUGCUUUGUAUGUCUUCUUCAGGAAAUACACAAAAUGAAGGACAUGAAUUAUUUGAUGUAGCAAAAAAGAAACUUACAAAAAAAGAAUAUCAGGAAAUAUGUAAUCAUAUUCCAACACGUACAGUAACUAUUACAGAUCACAUAGAAGUAGAACUUCGAACUGAACAUGUAUGUUCAAGAAAUCCAGAUGAAGAUACUGUUUAUGAUGAAAAUGAUGAUGAUAACAGGGAUUCUCAAUAUUCAUCAUCAUCUUCAUCUUCAUCUAGUAUUUCUAAUACCACUGGAAAUCCUGGUAAUACUACUACUAAUACUACUAGUACUAAUAUAGAUAGUAAUGGUGGUGGAAUGAUGACCAGUAAUAUGAAUAAGAAAGAACAUAUAUUUCGUUAUUUUGUUUUUAUUCGAAAUCAUGGUCUUUCUAGGAAUGAAAAAAAAUGGCAUGUUCAAUUAUUAUCACGACACUGGGUAUUUUUUGAUGAAGAGGUAGGACUUAUUGUAGAAGUUGUUGGACCUGGUGUAACGGGUAACUUCCCUUUACUCGCACCUGGAGAGUCCCACACUUAUGAAAGUGGUGCUAGUCUCUGUGGAGCUUCAGGUGUUAUGCGUGGUACCUUUCAGUUGAAUGCCUACAAUGAAGAGGGGGAAACGCGUUGUCUUGAUGUGCACAUUUCUCCAACUAGACUCAUUGUACGUAAAUCCACAAAAUGA